UCUCAAGAAGCAAAUGUAUCAUAACAAACAAACUAAACAAGAAAAAUUAAACAUGUCUUCUUCAUGGCCUACUACACUUCUCGUCUCUCUAUUUCUUUUCUCCCAAAUAUUUUCUUGCAUUGCCCAAGUUCCAGCUGAAAACACCUUCAAAUUCGUUAACGAAGGCGAAUUAGGACCUUAUGUUGUCGAAUACAGAGCUGAUUACCGCGUUCUUAGUAUCGCCACUACUCCGUUUCAGCUCUGUUUCUACAACACAACACCUAACGCAUGGACACUAGCGUUGCGAAUGGGCACUGUCCGUUCUGAAUCGCUCAUGCGUUGGGUGUGGGAAGCUAACAGGGGAAACCCCGUUAAAGAAAAUGCCACUCUCACUUUCGGGACAAAUGGAAACCUCGUAUUGGCUGAUGCCGACGGUCGAAUUGCAUGGCAAACAAAUACGGCCAAUAAGGGCGUGACAGGGUUCAAGUUGUUGCCUAAUGGUAACAUGGUGCUACAUGACUCCAAGGGAAAAUUCAUCUGGCAGAGUUUCAAUCAUCCCACUGACACUUUACUAGUGGGCCAAACACUCCGUUUGUCCGGCCCGAAUAAGCUCGUAAGCCGGGCCUCGGUGAAAAAGACCGUGAACGGGCCUUAUAGCUUGGUAGUGCAACCGAAAUUGUUCGGUAUCUACAAUGGAACCAAGCUAGACGUAGAAUUAGCUUGGUUCGAUCUUGGUAAUAGCAGUUUGGAAUCUGUAAAAUUGAAUAGUGGGAAUAAAAGACUGAAAUUGGAUUAUAGAUUGGCAAAAUCAACAAAGAGAAGUUCACAUGUUAUGGCUUUUGUUAAUUACAACACAACAUUGACAUAUCUUAGACUAGAAGUUGAUGGAAAUUUGAAAGCCUACACUUUCGUUAGAGAUGAAGAAGCAGAUGAAUUUCGUUGGAGGGUAACUUACAAAAUGCUUUAAGAAAAUGUUUUUCUUCAUAUUAGCUCUAUAUAAUUAGAUAUAUGAGGAUUUCAUGUCCGAGAUAAUAAGUGGAUAAAAUGAGUGGGUCCACAGCUAAGUCCAGUAGAUUAAUUUUGUAAAAUUAUGUCUUGAUUGAAGAGUGUGUUUUAUUUUUAUUUUUUUUGGAGUUGUAUUGAAGGGUUUAUCUCAUUAUGUAUUCUAUAAUACUUAAGACGUUAUGUCAAUUGUGAAGAUUGUAUAAACGAGUUCUUUAUUA